AUGGAAAAUAAUACAACGAAUAAUUGUUCAAAUGAAGAUAUUGUUGCUAGUGGUUUGCCUUUAUUUGUACAAUGUAUCUUUUUAUUCUUAUUUACUAUUGUUGUACUAUUGGCUGUAAGUGGAAAUAGUAUUGUAAUAUGGAUUGUACUUGCACAUCGUCGUAUGAGAACUCCAACUAAUUAUUUUCUUGUUAAUCUUGCUUAUGCAGAUGUACUUAAUUCUAUAUUUAACAUACCUUUUAAUGGAUAUUAUAUGGUUGCACAAGAUACAUGGCCAUUUGGCAGUAUUAUGUGUCUUUGGGUACAAGCUGUUACUCAUAUAUCAAUUGCUGCUAAUGUUCUUACUUAUGUAGCAAUUAGUUUAGAUAGAUAUUUUGCAAUUAUACAUCCAUUACGUACAAAAUUAACACAUAAACAAACGAUUAUGAUUAUAUGUAGUAUUUGGAUACUUUCUUGUCUUGUAUCAUCACCUGCUAUUCGAUCAUUUAGUAGUGCUGCAAGUAUUUGUAAAAUAGUUGAUGUAAAAAGUCAUGGAAAAUAUGAAUGGAUCUUUUUUUCGGUAACUUAUAUUGGUCCUAUUGUUAUUCUAACAAUAACAUAUACACGAAUAGCUAUUGAACUAUGGGGACAAACUGCUAUUGGUGAAGUUACAAAACGACAACGAGAUUCUAUUCAAUCAAAACGAAAAGUUGUUAAAAUGCUUAUAGCUGUUGUAUUAAUCUUUGGUAUUUGUUGGUUUCCUCAACAACUUUAUUUCAUUCUUGUUUCUAUAUACAAAUCAAUUCCUGAAUGGCAUGGUACACCAUAUGUUUAUCUUAUAUCAUAUUUUUUUGCCAUGACAAAUUCAAUGUAUAAUCCAUUUCUUUAUUGUUGUAUGAAUAACAGAUUUCGUAAUGGUUUUCGUAGUGUAUUUCGUUUUUGUCCAUGUGUUAAAUGGUCAUCAGAACCUUCUUAUGAAGGUUAUGUUUCAUGUCGUAGUUUAUCUGAACCAACAGCACUUAGUGUUAUUUAUUCUUCUCAACGUCGAAGUCGUACAACAAUUAGUACUGCAAAUUCACCUCAACAAUCUGCAACAUUAACUGAAUUAUCUCUUAAUCAUAAUCGACAACAUCGACAAAAUUAA